GCAACUCCCAUUGGGAGGCCAGACAUUUGUGCGUCGAACGCAUCUCCAAUAUUGGCGACAGUCAUUGAACUGUACUCCCCAAUGUCCACAACUGCAUCAGUCCACGGGCUACUUCCAUUAUGAGUGUUCCGCCACAGUAAAGCGUGCAAGAUUCGAUAGCUAUAUAAGCCAUGUACAUGGUGGCGGUUGUAAGUCACUGAUCUCCCAGAAUGAACCCUCUCAUCUUUACCGACGCUUUUACAUCGGCCCAUAUCGGUGUCAAACAAUGCUUUUGCGGCAAACCGACGAUCGAAGAUCACGAUUUCUGGUUUUGCUCUCCUGAAUGUGCUCGCGCAGAUUCCUUGCGUACUCUAGGCGGCCAUGGCGACUUCCAUUAUCGCAACAUCAUGCAGAGGGCAUGUACCAACUCGGCUGCUCCAAAGCAUGUGCUAUCGAGGCACAAGUCGGAGCGCCAGCUUCGCAGUGUAUCGAUCGCGAGGCGUGGUUCCGUAUCGCAGCAGGCUCAACAUUCCCCAAAGCCAACGCAGACCCUCCCCACACUGGAAAAGGUUACGACUACUAUUCUUGCUAGAGAAGGCACAUCCGAAGGCAGCGACACUUCUGUCCAUGGUCCUGUCGCGAAGAUUCCAAGAGAGUCAUCGGAAACUGGAGCAAUAUUACAAGAAAUAGAAGAGGAAAACGAGGAAGAGGCUGCUUGGCAGAAACUUGUGAACCGCGCGGAUGAUAGGUCAAAGCCCCCUACCUUGGAUCACCAUGGAGUCGGACAGACUAUUGCUAAUCGGCGAUCACAUCUUAUUCGUCGCUCGGCUUCGUUCGCAUGCUUGGACGAACAAAUUGAAAACUGGGGCGGCGAGAGGGGACCUGUGAUGGAGGUAGUGUUCCAACUUCGUCAAGCGUGGAACGAGAUGACAGAGACAGACAUCAUGCCGGACUUUGAGAGGUCGGACUCGGAUGAGGAGGAAUUAGCCAGCGAGUCAUUUGAAAUGACUUUGAGCUUGAUAUGAAUAUGCCACACUAUGUGUACUAUGUUACUAUGUUACUAUUACUUGUGCUACGACUGGUACAAUAAUUUAUGUAUCUC